CCAUAAUUCAUUAAUGCAUAGGUGCUUAGGGAGCUCUCGUUAUGACCAGACUCAAGUCAUAACCUAACAUUUGUGAUGUAAUUUUCAGAUGGCCAUUGGAAGAAUAAUAAACCGAUAUUGGAUAGUUACACUUGUCCCUUCGAUAACUUUGUACACCAUAUACGCUGAUUACAAUUUUACGCAGAAGUGUAAAGCUCGAGAUACAUUUUUGAACCAGCAGGUCCUGCAACAAAAUGUAUCCAUUUCUUCCUAAAAGGUCAUACCUCAUGAUCUUACCUUUUAUUGGAUUCGGCUUCGGAUGGUAUUUAGAUGUGAAGGAAACGGAGAGAAUGCAUUUGUUUAGAGAUAAAAGUGCCCUGUAUGGACGAACUCUAAAACAGGGCGAACAGCCUUCUUGGCCAUGAAAAAUUUAAAUUUGGCAGUGUAGCAUGUAUAACUUAUAGCUAAUAAAUAAUUAUAAUAUAUGC